AGCAGCAGCAGCAGCAGCGACGGCUUUGUUGGCUCGGAGAGGAGCGGCGCGGCGGGAAGGAGCGGUGGUUCGGGGGGGAACCCACCAUGGUGCAGCAAGCGGAAAGUACGGAGGUGGAGAGCAACCUGCCCCGGGAAGCGAUGGAUACAGAAGAAGGCGAGUUCAUGGCUUGUAGCCCGGUGGCUUUGGAUGAGAGCGAUCCGGACUGGUGUAAAACGGCGUCCGGGCACAUAAAAAGACCGAUGAACGCUUUCAUGGUAUGGUCUAAGAUCGAGAGGAGAAAAAUCAUGGAGCAGUCACCAGACAUGCAUAACGCGGAGAUUUCCAAGCGCCUGGGUAAGCGGUGGAAAAUGCUGAAGGACAGCGAGAAGAUCCCCUUCAUCCGGGAGGCGGAGAGGCUGCGGCUCAAGCACAUGGCCGAUUAUCCCGACUACAAAUACCGACCCAGGAAAAAACCCAAAAUGGACCCAUCGGCCAAGCCCAACGCCAGCCAAAGUCCGGAGAAAAACGCACCCACCAGCAGCAGCAGCAAAAGCUCCAAGAGCUCCAGCAAGAAGUGUAGCAAGCUGAAAGCCUCCUCCACCUCCUCGCCCCCCAAACCGGGAGCCAAAGCCGCCCACCACGGGGACUACGCCGGGGACGAGUACGUCUUCGGUAGCCUGAAAGUGAGCAGCAAGACGGUCAAGUGCGUCUUCAUGGAUGAGGAGGAGGAUGAGGAGGAGGAGGAGGAUGAACUGCAGCUGCGGAUCAAGCAGGAGACGGCGGAGGAUGAGGAGGACGACGAGGAAGCGGGGCCACAGCAGCUGCGGCGGUACAACGUGGCCAAAGUACCGGCGAGUCCCACCUUGAGCUCCUCUGCGGAGUCCACCGAGGGGACGAGCCUGUACGAGGAGGUGCGGGGCGGCGCGGCGGCGGGCGGCGGCAGCAGACUCUACUACAGCUUCAAGAACAUCACCAAGCAGGGCCCACCACCACCUCAACAGCAACAGCAGCAGCCGCCCGGCCUCUCCCCGGCUUCCUCCCGCUCCAUCUCCACCUCAUCGGCCGGUAGCGAGGAGGCGGACGAUCUGCUCUUUGACCUCAGCCUCAACUUCUCCCAGCACGGCCACGCCGCCGCCGAACUGGGGGCGGGAGCCGCCGCUGGGAACCUUUCCCUUUCCUUGGUGGACAAAGAUCUGGAUUCCUUCAGCGAGGGGAGCCUGGGUUCUCACUUCGAAUUCCCCGACUACUGCACCCCGGAGCUGAGCGAGAUGAUCGCGGGAGACUGGCUGGAAGCGAACUUCUCCGACCUGGUGUUCACGUACUGAAGGCGGGGGAGGCGGCGGAGCUGGAGCAGGAGCGGCGCGACGCCCGGAGAUGCUGAUGAUGCUGAUGCUGAUGAUUAAA